CCUCGAAACUGAUAUGCAAACACAUAUAUUGUGAACUUGAUGCGCUAACAGUCUUGCCGCAUACACAAAAUCACUCUCUUCAUAUCUUCUUCGUCUUCGCUGUUCUAUUCAGCCGCGCUAUAGCGACCUCGGCGCAACCUUUUUUUGAAACUCGCCCCACUGGCUGACAAACAUAGAGUGCAUUGCAACCUUCCUUUCAAGGCCCUUCUAACCCUAUACCACCACAAAAUCCGGGGGGAAAGACUUAAAUAUACCAUCUUCUUCACCGAGCGACCUGCACCAUACAAACCGCAGCCAUGAAGCUCAUACUCUCGACCUCGAAUAUCAUGUCUGGCGGACCCUCGGUCAUACGACGUCCGCUAUUCGAAAAGUCAAACACUGAACUCACAUCCUCGCUGCGCGCAAACUUCUCCGCCCACCAGCCCUCCCCACCGCCCUCAAAACCAAACCACCGCACAUGGACGACCGCGACCGACUCCGCGCUAUAUGUACCCACACAUACCCCCUCGCCGCUGACCGAGCCCCGAGAGUCCUACGAUAUCACAGUCAAACUAUUCUACCUCCCAAACAUACCUGCCGACCGUCGCUGCGCCCAAACAAGGGAAGCCAUAGAACUAGUCCUCAAAGAGCUAGGAACAUCCUCAAUAGACCUCUUAAUCGUCAGCUUCCCAGGUAUAUCCUUUGACGCCGACGACGAAGAAUCCGACUUUGAGGACGACGACCCGCCCUCUCCCCCUUCAGCAACCCAAUCCACAUCUGAAAACACCGCUGGUGACUGUCUAGACGCCGGUGUGCCCCCAGAAGACCUCGAGACCAUGAUAAAAACAUGGCACGCGCUCGAGAAACUGCAAUCAGAGGGCCUCGUCUCAAAACUCGGCAUCGCGGAAUUUGGUGUCGCACGCCUGACGCGCUUCCUCGAGCGCACGAACAUAAAACCGAGUGUUAAUCAGAUCAAUGUGAGGGAUUGCUGUGUUGUGCCCAAGCCGCUUAUCUUGUAUGCGAAACAACAGCAGAUUGAGUUGCUGACACAUAAUGACUGCACGAAUAUCCUGCCAAGGGGAACGCUCAGGCAAAUAUUAGGUGCUGGUGAAAACGGUUCUGGUGUCUUGGCUGGUGAGGGAAAUGAGGAAGGGUUGAAAGGGGAUGUGGAACCGCAGUGGGUGGUCAAGUAUACGGCCGUGGUGAAGGAUAGAGGUGUGGUCGAGAAUAAGGGAUACUUUGCUGUUGCGGAGUUACGGGAUGCAUAAACUUGGUGUGAUAUGUAAAUAUCAAGUAUGUAUAUGAUUUGACGCAUUUAUUGAAAGUUCAUGAUAUACAGAUAUCGUCUAUCCAGGGU